AUGGCCGAUGUUCAGGCCUUCAAAGCUAAAUUAAUGACUUUCAAUACAGAAUGUAAAGAUAAGACGAAAGAAAAAGUAGCCUUGAAUUCAUUAGGAUACAAAUUGGCAGUGUUCAAAUUACUGAUGAAGAAAAUCUUUUUGCUUUUGAAUUCAACUGAGCUCAAAACACUGCAUUUUACUUUUAACAUGCAAGAGCCAAGCUAUUUUGCAACCCCCCCCCCCCAUUUUCAGUUGGAGAGGAAUUGGAUCAACGAUCCAAACGGACCUAUAUAUUACAAUGGAUUCUAUCAUCUCUUCUAUCAGUACAACCCCGAAGGUGCUGUGUGGGGCAAUAUUGCUUGGGGUCAUUCGGUAUCAAAAGACUUGAUUAACUGGAAAAAAUUAGAGCCUGCAAUUUUCCCAUCAAAGAUAUUUGAUAAAUAUGGCUGCUGGUCUGGAUCAGCCACUGUCCUCCCAGGCAACAAACCUAUUAUUCUAUACACUGGAGUUGUAGAUGAAAAUAUCACAGAGGUCCAGAACUAUGCGGUUCCAGCAGACUAUUCUGAUCCAUACCUACGGAAGUGGAUCAAGCCAGAUAACAACCCGUUAAUAGUUGCGGACAAGUCUAUGAACACGACUGCAUUCCGUGACCCAACAACUGCUUGGUUGGGCCUGGAUGGGCUCUGGAAAAUAUUGGUGGGAAGUAGGAGAAAGCAUAGAGGAAUUGUUUAUUUAUACAGGAGCAGGGAUUUCAUGAAUUGGGUAAAGGCCAAACAUCCAUUGCAUUCUUCUGCCAAUACUGGAAAUUGGGAAUGCCCUGAUUUUUUUCCAGUAUCAUUGCAUGCUACAAAUGGCUUGGAUACCUCUUUAAUGGAGAGAAAUAAUAUUAAGCAUGUUUUGAAGGUUAGCCUUGAUGGUAGUAGGUAUGAUUACUAUACACUUGGUACAUAUUUCCCUCAACUGGAAAGGUAUAUUCCUGAUAAGAACAUGGUUGAUGGUUUGAGGGGAUUAAGGUAUGACUAUGGUAAUUUUUAUGCCUCGAAAUCAUUCUUCGACCCUAUCAAGAAACGAAGGAUCACGUGGGCUUGGGCUAAUGAGUCUGACACUACCCUUGACGAUGUGGAAAAGGGUUGGGCUGGAAUUCAGACAAUUCCACGAACAAUUUUGAUCGAUCCUAAUGGAAGACAGUUGCUGCAAUGGCCUAUCGAAGAAUUAGAAACUCUAAGAAGGAAAAAAGUAGAGUUGCACAAAAAAAAGCUCAAGAAGGGAGAGCAUGUUGAAGUUAAAGGAAUAGCAGCUGCACAAGCUGAUGUUGAAGUAACGUUCUCUUUCCAGAGCUUGGACAAGGCCGAAAAAUAUGAUUUCAGUUGGGAUGAACUUGACACACAAAAGCUUUGUAGCCAAAAGGGUUCUACUGUUCAAGGUGGGGUUGGACCAUUUGGGCUCUUGACAUUGGCUUCACAAGAUCUAAAAGAAUACACUCCUGUCUUCUUUAGAAUUUUCAAAGCUAAUUCCAAGCAUGUCGUUCUCAUGUGCUCUGAUGCAUCAAGUUCGUCAUUAAGGGAAGAAUUGUACAAGCCCUCAUUUGCAGGAUUUGUUGAUGUAGACCUAACAGACAAAAAGCUUUCUCUUAGGAGUUUGAUUGAUCAUUCAGUAGUGGAAAGCUUUGGCGCUGGAGGAAAGACAUGCAUUACAUCUAGGGUUUAUCCUACCCUGGCAAUUUAUGAGAAUGCUCAUUUGCAUGCAUUCAACAAUGGCACUGAAACCAUCAUAAUUGAGAAAUUGGAUGCUUGGAGCAUGAAUAGUCCUCAGAUGAACUAAUAAAACAUUCCACACGUCACUAUAUGACUAGUAGUAUGAUUACACAAAUAAGCUAUAAAAUUUAAAUCUUUAACUUUUUAACAAUGUAGUUUUAUUUCUGUAGUCCAACUUCCUUGACUGGAGGUUGGGUCAAAUAUCCCCUCCUAAGCUUGUAUUUUAUUUUCAAUUAAUAAAUACUCCACUCUCAGGGUGGUUUGACUUAAAAAUACAA